AUGGCUACACUUCAAUCGGAAUAUUGGAUUCUACACUUGAAAUCUACAGUCAAACACUGUAUCCACAAAUGUUUUAAAUGCUACAGAUUCAAUGCAACAGAGAUGCAGCAGAAAAUGGUCAACUUGCCAACGUUGCGAGUGAGUCAAGCGUGCCCAUUUCAAACAUCGGGAGUUGCUUAUGCUGGUCCUGUUCAACUCAAAGGGCGAUGUAGCAAAAUUACAAAAGCGUAUAUCGCGAUUUUUGUAUGUUUUUGCACAAAAGCAGUUCAUCUUGAGCUUGUUAGCGAUUACACCACAUCCGCAUUUAUCGCAGCUUUUAGACGUUUCACUGCUCGCCGUGGAAUAUGUUCAAAUUUGUACAGCGAUUGUGGUACGAAUUUCAAAGGGGCUGCAAAUAUCAUGGAUGCAAAGAGAAACUUCAUGCCAAAGCAGUGGACAAAAGACAUCGCAAAAAUUCUUCAAGAGAACGGUACACAAUGGCAUUUCAACCCACCUGCUGCUCCACAUUUUGGUGGUUUUUGGGAGGCAGGUGUGAAGUCCAUGAAGUACCACUUAAAGCGCGUUAUCGGGCACUACACCCUACCUUUGAGGAAUACGCCACCAUACUCACUCAAGUGGAAGCUUGCUUAA